GGUGCGUGUCGAUUACGUUCCCGAAUCGAACUAAGGCUAGUACUUACAGGAAAUUUCCAAGUUCACAAGGCACUCAUCUUAUGAACAUAGUUUAUCCCCUCUAAAACAUUGCCUGUCCCUUCAGAGAUGCUUGGGGCAGAAUCGUAGUGCUGUGAAGUCAUACAGCUGCAUUUGCCGUUCCUCCUAAAACUAUUGGCGCUCAUAUGACUGAGCGUUGUGCCAUCAGAUUUCAGGUGCGGUCAACAUGAGGCAGCAUGAACCCUUUACAUAGCUUAUAUAUCCUCGCGAUCAUGAUGGUUUCUGACUCAGAUAAGUCUGUUGCCCUCCUACUGCUACUCACGUUCAGCCCAAGUCAGAAUAUUCGAGUUACCAGUGGAUACUCACAGUCAUCACGGCUACACACUGCCUCAGAUGAGAGCUUUUUCGACAAAUUUCCACCCAAAUGGAAUGCUCCAGAAUCCUUUAUUUCGCGGUAUAUCUCCAAAAUGUGCUGCCUCGUAUUCACCUGGCGCAGCGAUCUGCACUGGUUGUACGACCUCCUGAAAGAAGGAAACAACUGGGAGGAGUUGCAUCGUCAAUAUAUGACCCAGCUCAAUCAAAUGAGCACUGCGCAAGGACUCGUGCUUACCACUGCGGCGGUUUUUAUCUCCUCAAAACCACCACUUGUGGAUGAUGUCGACUACUCAUCUCAUGCAUCUUACGCCUGUUUGGCGGAGUCGCUUGUCUUCUCGUUGUUUGGGCUAUUGUUCCAGCUGAAGGUAUCUGCCUCUGGAUUCCUUUUUCAACAACGUAGUACUGCAGAAAUCAUAAUUGAGAGGCGCUGGAGAAUAUUCUGGCACCUCUUUGGUUUGGUAGUGCCAAUCAUUAUCUUCACCAUAUCAGUGGUACUUUUGCUCAUAGCCAUCGUGCUCACGGGUUUCGCAUCUCACUCCAAAACUGUCCAACUUUAUCUGAGCAUAACAUUUGCUUUCCUUGGCGCUUGUCAUUUGGUGUCGAUUCUGGGUUCACCAUUCUACCACCAUUUAUCGAACCUAUGCGUCCGCGUUGUUCACGCCACAAGUGGUAAAGGACCUCAAAAAGCGGAUGAGUCUUGA